CCAGAGUAGAAACUAUGGCACCGGUAAUUUGAGCGGCGCCGCAAAACGUAGAUUUAAACGAAUGUGCAAAGCAAACAUUCCCCCGGAGAAAGCAAUACAUUUGUGUCGGAAAACUUUGAAAGAUUUGAAGGAAGAAGUGCAGAAAAUUGAUCAGGGGAUUACUGAAGAUGACUCGGUUACAAAUGAUACGCAAAAACAAGGCCUAUUAGAUGAGCCUUUGCAGGAUAAAGGGCUAAACUGUGGCCCUAAAGACAAUCCACAAAUUUAUGGGUCGCGAAAUCGUGAACGGCAAUAUGGGCUGCAAAAUGGCCCAUAUAGUGCUUGGGAAAGUCGUGGGCUUAAAGAAUAUGGCCCGCAACUUUCGAUAAACCUCUUGGCAAAUGUACAAAAUACGUGUACAACUUCCCGUACUCCAGAUAAUAAUGUUGAAACAUCCAAUGCUCAACCAAAAGAAGCUAAACGUCCCAUACAAGUGGGUAUUUACAACUACAGAAUGAUGAACGAAGACCAAAGGAAUUCAGUGCAUCGUGCGUUAAAUCAAGCCAUUCUCAAAAUCGGUGCAAAGGGAAUUGGACCGAGAUUUCUAAGCCUCGAUCAUAAACCGGGCUGGGUACAAAUAGUUUGCGAAGACGAACAUAGCAGGGAUUGGCUUUUCGAUGAAGUGCCUAAACUAAUACCUUGGCCGGACGCGGUUCUUCACGUUCGUGAGGAAAAAGUCCUUGAAGAAAGUGUGGUGGUGUAUAUACCACAAUAUGAAGCCCAGUCUAUAGACGAAGCUAUAAAUCUAUUAGCCGUUCAAAACGAAGGUCUUAAUACAGAAUCCUGGAAAGUUAUUAAAGCAAGGACUAUAGGAAACGGUCUAGCAGUCGCAUUCAUUAUUGACACGAAAUCCCUUGAAACGUUAAAGAAAAACGGUCUUAAAGCUGUUCUCGGGUUUAAGACGAUUCAGUUCAAAAUAAAUUAUGACGUCGAUCCGAACUCGAUUUCGUUGGAAAGUUUAUUUGAUGGUGUGACUGAUGCUUUAGGCAUUAACAUUGGGCCUAAUCGUUCAUUAGAACCAGACAUGUCAACAAACACGUAUAAAGGAAGACCUGUAUUACAGGACCAAAUUGAAUCUUUUACACCCCUAGAUCGUGAUGAUAGAGCCUACUUUCCAAAUUCUGACGCACUACAACAUGAAACUAGACCUUAUUACCAAGAUUCUUUACCACGUAACGGUCAUUCUAAACCUUAUAUCGGAGGUUAUCCACCCCCAGACUAUGAUGAAACAUAUUCUGAAGAUUACUAUGAACCUCCAAAUUACUCCGAAAGUUAUUCCCGAUAUAAUGAAAGCCCACAGAAUUAUAAUGACUAUUAUAAGGAUUAUUAUGAAGAUAGCGAUCGGAAUAAUUUUUCUAGAGGUUUUUCUGAACCAGAAUGGGAUCAUAUACAAGAAGAUAGCCCAGUACACAAUGAAUUAAGGGGAAGUUUCUCCCCUCGUAGAAAUUAUCGUCAACCCUUUAUAAAAAAUCCUAAAAGAGAAAGUUUUAGAGGUAGAAAUGUUCGUCCCAGUAAUAGUUAUGAUCGUUCAGGAACUUUACGACGGGGCAAGCGUAAACGAACCGGGCUGCCUGGCCGGGGAUCGUUCAGAAAUAAAUGAAAAUGAGUUUUAGGAACGUUUUUAAGCUAUUGCAUAGCUUUUAUCUCAGACUUUGAGCGCGGCGACCGAAUGUAAAAAUUCCGUAACGAAAAACCUAACACCCCCCACUCCUACCGGCACAGCGAUGCGAUGCUAUGCAAUAUAGAGCAGGCUCCAAGGAGAUGUUCGUUUGCAAAAAUAGCGGACCUAAAUCUGACUUCUGAUAUAUAUUGUAUAGGUCCCAGACAUCCAUCUUUGAAUGCUCCCCCCACUCCCCCAUGCAACUAUUUCACUGUACGAACUAUUGAAUCGUAAACAAUGGACUAUUGUUAAUUAUUUAAAAUAAUAAUUUAA